GAGACGAGAAGAAGAAGAAGAGAAAAAAAAAAGGAACAAACUUUACGUCACCCAUGAAAAAAUGGAGAUCGGAGAAGAUCAUCCUCCAUGACCAUUGACCCCCUUCAGAGGAGUUGUAAUGUGUUCUGGUGGAGAGGGGAAGCAAUGGAGCUGUGGGAAAGCAGGAGUGGUGAGUUUGCAGAAAGUUGGAUCUUUGGUUCGAGAUUUGAGCGAGCCUUGUCUCUCUCAAUCACACAUUCAGAUCGGCAAAAUGCUUAAGCCAGAGAAGUGGCAAGCGUCUUUUGAUAGUGAAGGAAGAGUUUCUGGUUUCCAAAAGGCACUCAAGUUAAUCAUUUUAGGGGGAAUUGAUCCGUCUAUUAGAGCUGAGGUUUGGGAGUUUCUACUUGGCUGUUAUUCGCUGAGCAGCACCUCUGAGCACCGUAACCAACUCAGGGCUGCUCGAAGGAAACGGUACAAUGACUUGCUCAAGCAAUGCCAGACGAUGCAUUCAAGCGUGGGAACUGGUUCGCUUGCCUAUGUUGUGGGGUCUAAAGUCAUGGAUAUGCGGAAAUCUUAUAGAGAUGAGGCAGUAAAGGUUGCUACUACAGAUGAAAACAGAGAAGAAGCUUCUGUAGACGAUAAUAAUGAUAAUGCUAAUGCAGAGAGUCAUCACAGUGAUUGGAGUAGUAAUAAUGGUGGUGCUGAUACAUCUCAUGUACACAGAAGGGGGAGUUCUAGUGAGUCUGUUGAUUUAGCAAGCGGAAGAGAGAGUCCCGAGAGCGUAGUGUACAACACUUCCUCUUUCGUAUCUGCUUCUAGUCCGUAUGGCUUUCCUUCCCCUGACGGUUACUUUGACUUCCCCUCGCUGCCGGUUACAGAUUUGUUUGGGAGGAAUAGUUUAGAUCAGAUAGAGGUUUCUACUCCAGACAAGGAUGCUUCAUUGCACAGGGAGCUAAGAACUGCUAAUGCUGACUUAGUUAGAGAACAACAAAGAUCCACUUCAGAGAUAGAAGAGGUGCGUCCGGAUUCUGUUGAUGGAUUGAGAAUAUCAGAUGUGGCAUCAGUGAAGGAGUCUCCCUCUCGUGUUGGGAAUGUCACAGAAGAAGGAGUGUCUGAAUGGCUUUGGACGUUGCAUCGAAUAGUUGUUGAUGUGGUGAGGACGGAUGGCCACCUUGAGUUCUACGAGGAUCCAGGGAAUCUAGGAAGAAUGUCGGAUAUACUUGCCGUUUAUGCUUGGGUUGAUCCUGCAACUGGUUAUUGCCAAGGAAUGAGUGAUUUAGUCUCUCCUUUCGUGGUUCUUUUUGAAGACAACGCUGAUGCCUUUUGGUGCUUUGAAAUGCUCAUAAGAAGAACGCGAGCGAAUUUCCAAAUGGAGGGACCAACAGGAGUGAUGGAUCAGUUGCAAUCACUGUGGCACAUACUGCAACUCACAGAUAAAGAUAUAUUCUCUCACUUGACGCGUAUUGGUGCUGAGAGUCUUCACUUUGCCUUCCGUAUGCUUUUAGUCCUGUUCCGGCGAGAGUUGUCUUUCAAUGAAGCUCUCAGAAUGUGGGAGAUGAUGUGGGCAGCUGAUUAUGACGAAUCUGUUGCUGAAACUCUGGAGAAUGAUUGCUUGGAGCCUCUGGUGAUUCAGCUUCCAAGUAAAUCCAAAGCUGAGGUGAGUGAAGAAACUAUAUAUGAUAGUAUAAAGAGGGAGCCACCAGCAACUUCAAAGAGCGGGCCAAUUUCAAAGAGCAGCGGUUUGUUGUCUAUGAGCGGUUUGCUGCCGAAGAGCGGUCCCUUGCCAAAGACCACUGGUCCACUCUCUGAGGAGAGUGGGAUGAAGUCAUCAUCGUCCUCCGCAUAUCACUUCUGUGGUUUGACAAGAAGUCUCUGGUCAAGGAACGAUAGAACAACAACAACACAUGCCCCUUGUGUAGUCUCUUCCAUCAGGAAAGGGGAUGAUGCUCUUCCUGUCUUUUGCGUGGCGGCGAUUUUGAUUAUGAAUCGGCAUAAGAUCAUGAAAGAGACUCGCUCCAUUGAUGACAUGAUACAGAUUUUCAAUGAUAAGGUUCUUGUGUUUAGCGUGAGAAGAUGCAUACGCACAGCCAUUAAACUUCGCAGGAGAUACGUGUACAAGAGUCAGGUAAUCAAGACCAAGAGCCACACUCAGUCUCAGAAUCAAGACCAGGUUCAAAUCCAGCAUCAAACUCAUAUGGAGAGCAAGAAGCUGGAAGAGACUCAAAGCCAGAGGCAAACACAAAGUUUACAUCAUACUUCUGCCACUCAGAAUGGUGACUAGUCAGAUUCUACUUACUAUAGUAUAAUAAAGAUUAAACAAAAAG